UGUAUACUGGGACGGACGAGCGACCACACACUGCAUCACCAACAUAUAUCUAGCUAUUCCUAGGUCUACAGCGCAUUCUGGCUGAACGGCAUCGUAAAUUCCAGCCUACCGGGGGCCCUUUUCGUCCGCGAAAUACUCUGCACUCGCCAGAAAAGCCCCGAUUUCCGUCUCCACGGUAUCCUGUCCGGCUGUCGGUCGAGUUUCAUCACUCCGAAAGCAGCACAAGCAGCGACACUUGCAUCAGUACCACAACUUCGCGGAACAAUCACAGAAAGAGGAUGGCGAACGAUCCGAGGCAGAAGAGCAAUGUGCCUCUUCAACCAUCAUCGUCGACAAAUCUCAACGCUCGUGUGGAGACACCAGAAUUUGGCAAGACCAGUCCGAUACGCAAUCCUCUCAACAGGGCGAACAACUACAACCACGUUUUCAAUGUUCCAAAACCUGGACAGCCACGGGCAGAGCACCACCGUGCUCAUCCGCCAGCACAAAAGGCACCAACUACCCCAGAAAGCCCGUUCACACCCGAGGCGAGCAGUACACCGUGGAAUCGGGCUGCGCCGCGACCACUGGGCGCAGACGUGCCAACAAUGUCUUGGGAUUCGAUGAAAUUCCCGGACGUGAUGGAAAUACCACGCCCAGCAAACUUCCCAAUAGCCCCUAAAGCGAAGCCCGUGCCUAUAUCAAGACCAACGAAUCCUGCACAGUAUGAUUCGGUUCGGAUCAUCCCCAUGCAUCCCGUUCAUGCUUCUUCGCAGAUUCCUGUCGAUUUGACGCACAGGGACGAAGAUGACAGUUUUGAUCCCAACGCAGCUCUGCAGGAUGAUCGAUUUGGUGCCCCUGAUCCGUUGAUGUACGUUGAUGCCGCGAAAGCGAGUGAAAACAUCAAGGCUUUGCUGGAGGGUGCUUUUGAGAAUGAUGAUGAUGAUCAGCCCAAGAUGCGACUACGAAAGAGGAAGCAAGCAACGAAAAAGACAGACGAGCUGGAAUCGCUUGCCAACAAGCUGAACGCCCUGAAGGUCAAGGCAGAGUCACAAAAAGACGAAGCCGAUGAAGAAGAGGACGAGGAAGAUGACGGAUCGGUCGAGGGCCUGAAGGUCAAAUUGCUUCCGCAUCAAGUUGCCGGUGUUACUUGGAUGCUAGACAAAGAGGCCGGCGUACGCAAGAAGAACGGGGUCCUUCCUAAAGGCGGCAUUCUGGCCGAUGACAUGGGUCUUGGUAAAACGAUACAGUCACUUGCCCUCAUCUUACAGAAUCCCAGGCCAUCAGAAGAGGAGCUUUCAAAAGACCCCAAACGCAAGAUUGCUCAGGACGUAGCCAAAUGCACACUAGUGGUAGCACCGCUUGCGCUAAUCAAGCAAUGGGAAUCAGAAAUCAAGACCAAAAUCCAAUCUGGAUAUGAACUUAAAGUCCUUGUCCAUCACGGCCCUUCUAGGACGAAGCGCGCUGCGGAGCUCAAGAAAUACGAUGUCGUAGUCACGACUUAUCAAAUUAUGGCAUCAGAACAUGCAAAUAGCGAGGCGGAUGGCAAAGGCAUUCAAACUGGCUGCUUCGGCGUCAACUGGUAUCGUAUCAUCUUGGACGAAGCGCAUACUAUCAAGAAUCGGAACGCAAAAAUGACGCAGGCCUGCUACGCUUUGAGAUCGCAUUACCGAUGGUGUCUCACUGGAACCCCAAUGCAGAAUAAUCUUGAUGAACUCCAGUCUCUCAUCCGAUUCCUUCGCAUUAAGCCAUAUAACGAGAUGGUCGCUUGGAAGGAUCAGAUUACCGGCCCCAUGAAGAACGGACGUGGAGGACUCGCGAUGAAGCGGCUUAAUUUCUUUUUGAAAGCCUUCAUGAAACGUCGAACGAAGGAUGUUUUGAAGGAGGAAGGCGCUCUGGUUCCAGGCGGCAAGGUCAAAGAAGGUGAUGACACACCUAAGUUCAAGAUCGUAGAGCGCAAAGUUGAAAUAGUUGUUUGCAAGCUGAAUGGUAGUGAGAGGCGUUUCUACGAUCGCCUGGCCGAUCGUGCAGAAAGUCGACUCAAAGAGAUGAUGGGUGCGGAGAAGCAGGACUAUAUUGGUGCUUUGGUUCUACUUCUUCGACUGCGCCAGGCCUGCAAUCAUCCAGAGUUGAUGACGUACUCGCUGAAAAGAGAUAAGGAUGCUCUGACUACCGGCUCCAAGCCUGAUAAUCAAUCAGCCCAAGGCUCAACUAAGGAUGACUUGGACGACCUUGCCAAUAUGCUUGGAGGUCUUGCAGUCGAAACUAAGCAAUGUGACGUGUGUCAAGUGGAUAUGUCGAAAGAUGAGACCGCUUCUGGAGCAGUGCGCUGCACAGACUGCGAGAGCGACCUUAAAGCUCAGAGGAGACAGCAUAAAAAGAAGAAGCGGGAUUUGAAGAAGUCGAAGAAAACUCCAGAAGAUUGUACUGGCAACGACAUCGCUGGCAGUGAAGACGAAGACGAGGCUGAAGAUGCAGCUGUUAGUAAGAGCUCUGGCGCCAAAACAAACCGACGACGUCGAGUUGUUACUGACAGCGAUGACGAUGACGAUGAAGGCGAGUGGAUUGUCCCUGAGAGCGACCGACAGAAAAUAGAUCUAGGCAAAGCCGGUGGAACCGACGAUGAAGACGCAGAAGGAGGUGGUGAUACGCUUGGCUCAGUUGACUCUGUGAGCGAUGAAUCCGGAGAAGAGGACGAUUCCUUCAUCUCGCAAGACAGCGCCAUAAAACACAAAGCACAUACAGCUAACGAGGAAGAAGCGUCAGACAAUCAAAGCGGCAGUGAGGAUGAUGACAACGAUUCGUCCACAACUGACGAUUCCGAUGAGUCUGUGGUGGCAUACCAAGGCAAGAAGAGUAUGCACAUUGAAGCGUCAAGUAAGAUUCGUGAGCUUCUUGCGAUCCUGCACAGGGAGUCCCCUUCACACAAAGUCAUUGUCUUCUCACAGUUCACUUCUAUGCUCGACCUCAUUGAACCAUUCCUACGGCGGGACCGUUUCAAUUUCGCACGUUACGACGGUGGUAUGCGUAACGAUCUGCGCGAGGCUAGUCUAGAAAAGCUUCGCAACGAUGAGCGUACAAGAGUUCUGCUUUGCAGUUUGAAAUGUGGAAGCUUGGGCCUCAACUUGACUGCAGCAAGCAGAGUUGUCAUUGUCGAGCCUUUCUGGAAUCCCUUUGUUGAAGAACAAGCUAUCGACCGAGUACACCGUCUGAAUCAAACAGUAGAUGUGUUAGUAUACCGCUUAACCGUUGACAAAACGGUCGAGGAGCGCAUUAUCGAGUUGCAGGAAUCCAAGCGUAAACUUGCGGCAGCUGCAAUAGAAGGUGGUAGCAAGAAGGGUAUUAACAAGCUCGACAUGAAGGACAUUAUGAAUCUUUUCAGACAUGAUGCACAUCAUGACGCUUCACACGAAGAUCCUAGAAACCAGGAAUACCUUGUUCCGACGAAAGUGUUGAGCCAAGCUGAAGAUGGAACCCAGUAUGGCCAUAGUACUGGAAGGGGUAUCACACCUCCGAGGUUGAACGCGGCCAAGGACAAAGGCAAGACGAGGAUGGCAGAGCAUCCAGUCUAUGGCAGGCGCUGAAAAUGGAAAUGUUGGUGAUGAUUGGGUAUGAGCUCGCGAUUUCUUUUGCAUGG